AUGAUCAUCCGUCCCACCCGAGCCGCCGUCUACCUUCGCAAGUCAUUGUGGCAUAUCCCAGACCAUUCCAUCUCAUUUUCUCCUUUCAUACCUAAAUCCGGCAAAAGGCCUCGCUGUGGUUAUUUGCUCAAGGCCAGACUGAUGAGUAUGGCACCAUCGUUCACCUUUGUCAAUGUCAGCAACGCCCCCGGUCUGGGCCCUAAAGAGGCCAAGCAGAUGAGAGGCCAUAUUACCAAGACAAACUUUGCCAAGAGGAGACAAAGGCUAGGCCAGCAGAAGAAGUUAUCAAACGCUGAUCAAUCUCCAAGUCCAUCGUCUGCCUUGAUUACAUUGGAAAAGCGGCGGUUGCGGCAUGAGCUCAAGCCAGUAGCUCAUAGUUUGCUCAGCCGCAUGGUAGAACCUGCAUACUCCCCUGUCGAAUAUUUGCUUGGUGAAUACCGCGCGCUUAUCUUCCCCGCCGGUCUCGGUUCUCCCGGAUCAAACAGAGAGGCAGACUGGAUCGCCCUACUGCACUCUGAACCAGCCCUAGUCGAAGCCUCCAUGGCUAUAGCCAUAAGGCAUUCGCCCCGGCUUCAGAGGACGCAAGGUAUUCGUGAAGCGUCCGUGCGUAAAGGAAGGGCUAUCAAGAUGAUCAACGAACGGCUGGACACGCCAUUGGGGUUGACCGACGGCGUGCUCAGCGCCGUCUUUACCUUGACUUUUGCAGAGCUUCUUGAGAGUGAUGCCGAAGCAAGAGACGUCCAUAUCCAAGGUCUGGCCCAAAUGAUCAAAGUUAGACGGUCCUUAGGAAAUACAGACAUCCCGUCGUGGUUCGGCGAUUUUAUCCUAUAUGAUUCAAUUGGCCACACAAUUCUUUCAGCCAGCUAUUCCAAUUUACCUCUCAUCAACGCAUUGCGUAAUGAAGACGACCCCAAGCAAACGGACGUUGCCGCAAUUCGAUCGGAUAUCGAAGACCUACGCCAACUAAUAGAUAAAUAUCAUGCUUCCAUGACGCUAAAACAAGACAAGGCAGCUAUCAUUAGGUAUGAGGUUCAUCGCCUACAACUGAAAGUGGAUACACUGUUGGGAAGCCAAGAACAUUACAUCCGCUCUCUGCACGAUUCCCUGCAGCUUUUUCUGUCAUUAUCAUGGCCUAUAGAAGGACCAAGGUCGUUGUAUAUCAAGGCUGAGAACUUGAAGUAUGCGCUGCUACAGCCCCAUAUCAGGCUCUGUUCUUCGAUGCAACUUCUGGUUUGGCAACUAUUCGUGGGCGCUGCUGCUACAGAACCCGCGAGUGAGGUUCGGUCUUGGUAUGUUAUCAGGUUACGAGAGGUUGUAAGCUCCAUGAGAAUCGGAGGACAGGAUAUCGCGAUGGAGACCCUGGCGGCCGUUUUCGCACCUGAUGCUCGGCUGUUGGAGAAGUUCAAAGCGGUUUGGGAUGAGGUCUCAUUUGGGCAGCAAUAA